CAGCUCCUCCCUUCUGGCCGGAUGGACAGCACAGCGUGGUCUUCGGCUCCGGCUCCGGGGGACCUGGCUCGGGGCAGAAAGCAGCCUUUUAUAGGCGGCCCGCAGCUGCUGCGGCUCACACCGCCACAGUGCGCUGCCGCAGCCAGGCGCCGCUGCCCGGAGCCCUCCGCGCUGCCCAUGGGACCCCGCCGCCCGGCGCUGCCCCCGCGGCCGCCCCUCCGGCCGCCGCUGCUGCUGCUGCUGCUGCUGCCCGGCGUUUAUCAAGGCACUUUUGAAAAAGCCCAUUUUAGAAAUCGAAGAGGAAUUCUUGAAUUAGCUGGAGCCAUUAGAUGUACUACAGGACGAUCUCCUUUUGCCUACCUACGUUAUGGAUGCUACUGUGGUCUGGGAGGAAGAGGAUGGCCCAAGGACAGAGUGGACUGGUGCUGCUUUAACCAUGACUGCUGCUAUGGUAAGGCAGAACAAGCUGGUUGUCAUCCAAAGACAGAAAGCUACCACUGGGAAUGUGAAGACAAUGCUGCUGUGUGCGAAUCACUAGAAGAUGAGUGUCAAAAAAUGGCAUGUGAAUGUGACCGUGAAGCUGCCAAAUGUUUUUCUAAAGCCCCCUAUCACACAAAAUACCUUUUGUGGCCAGACUUUAUGUGUGGUGAGAUUCAGCCUUUGUGUAGAUAUUAGCUACACAGCAUCAGUCUUUAUGAAAACUCUGUAUGUAUUUAAAUCUAAAAUAACUUUUUUUUUUUUGUCACAGUAGUGACCACAAAUGAUUUUCCCCUUUCUUGAUCCUCCUUCCUGUCACCUCAGCACCUUCACCCCAGAAUGGCCAAAAUAAAUGUUUAUCCUCUUAUUUACCUUCUAGAGUGCAUGGACUAAAAGCAAGUUUGUCAGUUCUGUGUAAGCUUUUAUUGACUAAGUAGGAAUUUGAGUUUUUCAGCUUGAGUAACUGACUUAAAAUUAAUUUCAUUUAUAUUCAGAUUCACAGUUUUCUCAGUGAAUUAUAUUACGAAUCUGAAAUUUUCAUCCCCUCUCCACUGGCUCUAAGAUAGAAAUCAAACUUCUCCACUAACAUUUACUUUAACAUUUGUUUGAACUGACUGGAAGAAAUGCUUGAAGCGACAGUGUCAGCACAAAGAGCCUUCCCAUCUACGUCAAAUUAUUGUGAAGACUAAUUUAACUUUUGCACCUCAUUCACCUAAGUAGUCCUACCUGUAUUAAAAAUUGCCUAAUAUAAUUAUUUCUUUCUAGUAUUUACAUUUUAAACACAGUUUUUCUACGAAGUUGUUCAUUUGAUAUGGCUCAAGCUCCUUAUUCUAUGUACACCUUGAGUUUCCUGUAGGCACAAGAAGAAGUUUGACCCUUAAAACUACAGAGCCAGACUGAAAAGUGCAAAUGCAAACCAUCACCAAGACAGAUACAUGAAAAAAAGUAGAUGUUACUGGGACCAACUGUCUUUCCUGGAAGUGUUUGAUCUUGGAUGACAGAUGGAUCUUGGAUGACUCAAACAGCAUGAGUUUGCCAAGUUCAGAAGUUCACAAAGUUGAGAAGUUUACAUUGUCAUAAGGAUGUAAAGAUAGUUUAUAGCUAGGGUCACUUCCUAGUUUUUGAAACCUCUUAAGAAGAGGCAUCAGUAACACGAAUUGCUGAAUAAUACACUUUGUAACUGCUAAUGUUAACAGUUUAAGAACCAGGAGUGUUUAAUGUCUCACCCACCUCACUCACUUAGAGCUGCAGGGCUACAGAACAAAUUUACACACAUCAAAGCUAGUGACAAGUACUUCAGUAUAAAAAAACCAGCCAAAACAAACAACACUUCUUCAGGAAGGAUGAAGAUUUUAGAAGAGAUCUUUAAUCUUUAAAAAUAUUCAUAGGCAAACUUAAAGUUCGUAUUAAUGAUACAAAUGAAAACAAAAUCAAAAACAAUGUAGAAUGCCAGGGGGCAAAGCUCUUGAAAAACCUAAAUUUUGCUUCAGUCAAAAGCCAUACAUUAACAAAUGGCGAUACUGUUUAUACAAAAUAACUUCCAGUCAAUAUUCACCCACAGAUCUAUAUACACACAUUGUGUUGCAGGAAGAUGUAAUUACAGUGUCAGGUCACUUUUCCAAAAUAAUCCUUUUAAGGGAUAACCCUGAAUUUAGGCAUUAGCAUCAAACAUCAAGAGGAUAGCAUUAAAGAAGCUGUUGGUGAAGUCUAACUGACCUGAAUAAAAAAUUUUGUACGGCGAUCACAUCCCAUUUUCCAAAAUACAAGAAAUCACAUGCAGCCUUUGCCUCCAGCAGGGGAAUUUUUGAAGAAACUACUGUGAGACUGUAUAUUUGACAGUCACAACUUUACAUGUAAAGCAGACUGAAAACACUUAAGUACUUUCCAUAUCAAGCCUAUCCAGGAAGAGCCUUCCUUUGGAAAACUUAAGUUGAGGAACAUGCUUGCUGGUAUGAAAUGCUAAGUAAAAAAAAAAAAAAAAAAAAAAAAA